GUCUCAUUUGUUUUAGUAUCAUUGAUCUAGUCGAACGUGACUUAGUAUAAAUCUAGUUGGUGAUAACGAAGUAAUAUUAAAAUAAUUUAGGAAAGUAAAAAUGAGGGAAAUAGUUCAUAUACAAGCCGGACAGUGUGGAAAUCAAAUUGGCGCUAAGUUUUGGGAGGUGAUCUCCGACGAGCACGGAAUCGACCCCACGGGGACAUACCACGGAGACUCAGAUCUUCAGCUGGAGAGAAUCAACGUCUACUACAAUGAGGCCACUGGCGGCAAAUACGUGCCCAGAGCCAUCCUCGUGGACCUCGAGCCUGGCACCAUGGACUCCGUGCGCUCGGGACCCUUCGGGCAGAUCUUCCGACCAGACAACUUCGUCUUCGGCCAGUCGGGCGCAGGAAAUAACUGGGCUAAGGGACAUUACACGGAAGGCGCUGAACUCGUCGAUUCCGUCCUAGAUGUCGUCAGGAAAGAGGCUGAAGGAUGUGAUUGCCUACAAGGUUUCCAGCUUACCCAUUCGCUUGGAGGCGGCACUGGAGCGGGACUAGGAACGCUGUUGAUCUCAAAGAUUCGAGAGGAGUAUCCUGACCGGAUCAUGAACACAUUCAGCGUCGUGCCAUCGCCCAAAGUAUCCGACACAGUCGUAGAACCCUACAAUGCCACCUUGUCCGUGCAUCAGCUGGUGGAAAACACUGAUGAAUCCUACUGUAUCGACAAUGAGGCGCUGUAUGACAUCUGCUUCAGAACUCUGAAGUUGACUACACCCACAUAUGGCGAUCUAAACCAUUUGGUCUCCGCAACGAUGUCUGGCGUCACCACUUGUCUCAGGUUCCCCGGCCAACUGAAUGCAGAUUUGAGGAAGCUCGCAGUGAACAUGGUGCCUUUCCCUCGUCUGCAUUUCUUCAUUCCAGGGUUUGCCCCGCUAACAUCUCGCGGCAGUCAGCAGUACCGCGCCCUGACUGUCCCAGAGCUGACACAACAGAUGUUCGACGCCAAGAACAUGAUGGCUGCCUGCGAUCCGCGUCACGGAAGAUACUUGACCGUGGCUGCUGUAUUUAGAGGCAGAAUGUCAAUGAAAGAAGUAGAUGAACAGAUGAUGAAUAUCCAGAAUAAGAACUCUUCAUACUUCGUUGAGUGGAUUCCGAAUAAUGUGAAGACCGCAGUGUGCGAUAUUCCGCCUCGAGGUUUGAAGAUGUCUGCCACUUUCAUUGGAAACUCUACGGCCAUACAGGAGUUGUUCAAGCGUAUUUCGGAGCAGUUUACUGCUAUGUUCAGACGCAAGGCGUUCUUGCACUGGUACACUGGAGAGGGGAUGGACGAGAUGGAGUUUACUGAAGCGGAAAGCAACAUGAAUGACCUGGUGUCUGAGUACCAGCAGUACCAGGAUGCUACCGCCGAGGAAGAAGGAGAGUUUGAUGAGGAAGAAGAGGGUGGCGACGAGGGAGACUAGAUUACUUUUUGUUAAGAUUAUAUUGUAUGUUUUUAUAUAUUUAUUUUAUUACAUUUUAUGAUGUGGUAAAA